AUGAGGAUGAUGGCCGCCGGCGCGGUGCACGGCCUCUUCACGGCCUCCGCGCCUCCCCAGCAGCCGUCGCCGCCGCCACAGCAGCCGCCGCCGCCGCCGCCGCAGCCGCAGCAGCAGCAGCCGCCGCCCCAGGCCCCCCCCCUGGGGCCCGAGGCCCCGGAUUCCCGCAAGAGGCCCCUCGAAACGCCCCCCGAGGUGGUCUGCACCAAGCGCAGCAACACGGGAGAGGAGGGUGAAUACUUCCUGAAGGUGCUGAUCCCUAGCUACGCAGCGGGCUCCAUCAUUGGCAAGGGCGGGCAAACCAUCGUGCAGCUACAGAAGGAGACAGGAGCCACCAUCAAGCUCUCCAAGUCCAAAGACUUCUAUCCGGGAACCACAGAGCGAGUGUGCCUGGUGCAGGGCACGGCAGAGGCCUUGAACGCCGUGCACAGCUUUAUCGCCGAGAAGGUCCGAGAAAUCCCACAGGCGAUGACCAAGCCUGAGGUGGUCAACAUCCUUCAACCCCAAACCACAAUGAACCCCGACAGAGCCAAGCAGGCCAAGCUGAUCGUCCCCAACAGCACGGCGGGCCUGAUCAUCGGCAAGGGAGGCGCCACGGUGAAAGCCGUGAUGGAACAGUCGGGGGCCUGGGUGCAGCUGUCCCAGAAGCCAGAGGGCAUCAACCUGCAGGAGCGCGUGGUGACGGUCAGCGGCGAGCCCGAGCAGGUGCACAAGGCCGUGAGCGCCAUCGUGCAGAAGGUACAGGAAGACCCCCAGAGCAGCAGCUGCCUCAACAUCAGCUACGCCAACGUGGCGGGCCCCGUGGCCAACUCCAACCCCACCGGCUCACCGUACGCCAGCCCCGCCGAUGUGCUGCCCGCGGCGGCCGCCGCCUCGGCCGCUGCUGCCUCCGGCCUGCUGGGCCCCGCGGGGCUGGCCAGCGUGGGCGCCUUUCCCGCCGCCCUGCCUGCCUUCUCGGGCACCGACCUGCUGGCCAUCAGCACCGCCCUUAACACGCUGGCCAGUUACGGCUACAACACCAACUCCCUCGGCCUGGGCCUCAACUCGGCCGCCGCCUCCGGGGUCCUGGCCGCAGUGGCCGCCGGUGCCAACCCCGCCGCUGCCGCCGCCGCCAACCUCCUGGCAUCCUACGCGGGUGAGGCCGGGGCCGGGCCCGCCGGAGGGGCUGCCCCACCUCCACCCCCGCCGCCCGGAGCCUUGGGGUCCUUCGCAUUGGCCGCGGCCGCCAAUGGCUACCUUGGGGCCGGGGCGGGCGGUGGGGCGGGCGGCGGGGGUGGCCCGCUGGUGGCCGCCGCAGCGGCCGCAGGGGCGGCUGGUGGCUUCCUGACGGCGGAGAAGUUGGCAGCUGAGAGUGCCAAGGAGCUGGUGGAGAUUGCGGUGCCUGAGAACCUGGUGGGAGCCAUCCUGGGCAAGGGGGGCAAGACGUUGGUGGAGUACCAGGAGCUGACAGGCGCCCGAAUCCAGAUCUCUAAGAAGGGCGAGUUCCUGCCAGGCACGCGGAACCGGCGGGUCACCAUCACCGGCAGCCCCGCGGCCACGCAAGCCGCUCAAUACCUCAUCAGCCAGCGGGUCACCUAUGAGCAGGGAGUGAGGGCCUCAAACCCCCAGAAAGUGGGAUGAGGCCUGUGGUGUGUGCUCCCACCCUUCUCCUCCUCCUCCUCUCCCUCCUCCUCCUGCUCCUCCUCCUCCUCCUCCUCCUCCUCCUCUUCCUCCUUCUCCUCCCCAACUCUUGACCUCAGCUCGGUGUGGUCCUGCUCCUCCUGGGAUUGGGGCUGGGGCUGGUCUGACUGCACCCCCCUCCCUUCUGGUAGUUCAUAGGCAGGAUUGAGAGAUGGCUGGGGAUGGAGCCCACAGCUCCCUCCCUGGCCCUGAACUGACCCCUCCUUCCUUCCUUCCUUCCUUCCUCCCUUCCUACGCUUGGCUGGGCCUGACUCCCCUCCCCCAGGGCCCAGGUCUGUGUGAUAUCUGUAUAUAUUGCAUUUUGUUGAUUUUAAUAGAAAACAAAGCGUUAUUUUCUCUUUCUUUCCCUCCUUUUUUUUCCGGUAAGGAUUUUGUUUUCCCCCUUGAUAUAUAUGUUUUUGUUUCCAUAUGGGAAGAGGGGAGGGAGCCUCUGGGUGACCUAGAAUGAGGGGCCUCCCCCAAACCACACCCACCUCUCCUGCGUUCAGGUCCAGCUGGAGGGAUGCAGUGGGAGGAGAGGUAGCUGAAAUGGGGCAUUUGCAGCAGGAACCCCAGUUCCUCAGCUACUCUCCCCCCAUUGCAGUCACCCCUCCCAGGUGGGGCUUUUAACUUUUUGUUGUCAGGUUUAUGGGGGGUGAGGGGGGGCUUGUGCUGCUGGGAAUGAGGCCGGCUCUCAGACUGGGCCGGUCCAGUGGGCGAGACCCUUGUGAAAGGCUGGAGCCGCUGCCUUUGGCAUCUCCUAUGGCUUUUCCUAAAGUAAUAGGAAUGGAAGUCCUUGUUGUGAUGUCACUGAGUCAAGUACUUUCUGGGGCGCUUCCGGCAUCCCUUGUGAUGUCACAGGAAGUAGUUCCCCAGAGGUCACUUCCCGUGAUGCUAGGAGAGAUAGGUACUUGCUAUGACGUCUCCCGUGAGCCUUCCUUGAAGGUUACUUUCAUGAUCUCCUGGGGGCAUGGACUGCCUGUGGUGUUUCCGGGGUACUUCCUGUGAUGUCACGGGGACGAAGCAUGCACUUCCUGUAUUGGGCCACGGCCAGUUAGUGACUUGACCCUCUUUCUCCACCCUCGCCCCUCUAUGGUGGGUCUUGGCCUGGGGGUCUUCCCAGGAGGAGAAUAAGGGGUGGGACUUGGAUCUGACCUGAAGGACUCCAAGGAAAAAGACCCAGUAUUGUCAGGGUCACCUCCAUCCAAACACACCAAGUCUGUGAACUCACCUGGCAGGGAGGGGCGGGAGAUGGAGCUAGUGAAAACGACAGUCAAAGACCCCCAUCCCUACCCCCCACCUUGUGUGUGCAUGCUCGUGUCUGCGUGGCUUUGUUUCAUUGAGUCUGGUGAGCCACGUGUGUGGUGGCUCUGUCAGGCCGGCGUGGCCCGCUGUCGAGGUCAGUGAGCCACGGUAGGGGCCCGAGGCCAGAAGGCUUCGCGUGGCCUAGUGGGUUAGAUUGGCUUGUGGUGUCCAGCGAGCUGGAGCACUUUGGUGGUAUCUGAUGAGUCAGAAAGUUUUGACGCUCUCACCAUAGGCUCUGAGGAGCUAGAAUGUUCUGAUGGCGUCUGCCAAGCCAGGCAGCCCUGAGAGUUGGUGUGGGAGUGGCUCCCUGAGCUCUGCGGCUGUGGUCAGAUGGAAGGCCUUGUUGGCAGGCUGAGAUUUCAGGACCUGACAACCCUGUAGACUUAGGCUAGCUGAGACCCACUUCUAUCCCCAUCCAUCUCCCCCUCCCCCUCGGAGACCACCUCCACUUCCUCCGACCCCAAGCAGGGCCCCCAGGGCCCUGGUUCCAUCAUCAGCAUCUGUGGGGGAGGGGCACCCCAUGCCCACCCUCUCCCCCAUUUGUCCCCUCCUACGUCUUCCAGACCCUUCUCUUCUCCACGGCUUUGGGGGAAUCGGCCUCCUCGUCUCUCUCUCCCAAAAAAAGGAGGGAAGAAAAGCCCGAGACAAUUCCCCGCCCCCCUAAAGCCCAGGAGACCACUGCCCCUUGCUAGAGAGCCACCCCCAAAUCAAAAUGUGAAAAUCCCUAGAAAGCAAUAGCCUUCAAGGUACCUUGCACUGAACUUCCCACCCUGGCCCUUCCACCUGGCGGGAGGCUGUAGCUUGGGCACUAGGGUUACCUUUUCCAGGCCCUCUCCAUCUCCAGGGUGGAGGGCAGGCCCCACCUCCCCAUCCCCUACCUCCUGCCGCUGCUGCCCCCGCCCACCCCCAAUCUCCAGACCGAACCCCGAUGGAGAUCUGAGUGCCAAAACAAUUCUUGAUGUAACUUUGUACAUAUCUUCUGCAAGGGGGUGUCCUGAGAUUGGAGGUGGAGGCGGCCCUGGGGGCCCUUGCUCCUCUCCGCCUGUCAAAAAGACCUUACAGUAUUUCACAGUAACUCCACCCACAUGUGGGCAUUGCAGUGUCUAACUGGAAUGUGCCCCCCUACAACUCCCAUCCCCAGGCCCCCAGGAGGAGGGAGGAGCCAGGGAGAGGUACCGGUAAGGUCUGGGAGUGGGGAGGUGGAGUUUGAAAGUGCUCAUUUGCAUAUCGUUUGCAUCCUCAGCUGCCCUCUGCUUGUCAGAUGUUUCCUGUACCCAUUUCUGGGGGUCCAGUAUCCUUUCACACAGACACGUCUCUGGAGGCUGGGCCUCCUGGAAAGUGUUCCUUUGGGAUAUCUGUGUGACAACCCCCUCCCUAUUCACAUUUCCCGGGGACGCCCCCCCCCCCCCCCAGCCCGCCAGCCAGGGUUAUCUAGAAGGUAGCUUGCUAGCUCAGUGAGCGGGUUUACUCGCCCUGCUGGAGAGCGGACCACCACCCGCCUUUCUCCCGGUCACCCUGGGAAAUGCACUCCACCAUCUUCCGCAUCUCCUGGAAGUCCCUUCUGCAAUCUGACCUCAAUCUUUUUGUGCUGCAGUUUGUCCAGAGGGGACGCGGGCGUGGAAUCAGAAAUGGGGAUCAUCGACAAACCCAUCGCCUCUUUCCUCCCCUCUCUCCCCGUUAGCUGGUCAGGUCUCAGAGACGCUGAGUGGCUUCCUCGCACCCUGCUCCUCAGCACCCAUUUGGUGCUUAAUAAGUGUUUGCUGCAUUGAAUUGUCUCCCUAUUCCUUUCCCAUUUGCCCUCCGACUCCCAACAUUCCCCCCUCCACCCCCCCCCCCCAGCAUUUCCCUCUCUCUUUCUUUCUCUGACUCCCUAUGGCUUUCUACUUCCUCUCCCUGUGGUUCCCAAUGUCAUCUGUCCUGUCUCUAUCUUUUGUGGACGUCUGAUUUCCCCUUCUCCACUCAACUCUCUCAACUCCCGCCCAAUUUCCCCACUGAUUUAAAAAAAAAAAAAAAAA